AUGUCACUUGCAGCACAUACUUCAUCAACGUCUGUGAAGUCGUCGCCUGGGGAGCAAUUCAUGUUAAAUCCGCUUGCCUUCCCGCCAAAUGGAGAAGCUGUUCUCCAACAGUCUCUGGAAAUGCAAAAAGCAGUCAUGCUUUCAUUCGAUUUGCGAACUGUGGAGGUGUUUCAAGCAUUACAGCAUAAGAGGACCCGUCACUUGGUGUUACGAAAACAAAUCGAACGACGACAAGAGAUGGAUUUUAUAGAUCAACAAGCUUCGGAGGUUACACAACAGCUUCUUACUGAUUUGAGCAUUGCUAUCCAUGAACGUCAGACAAGACUUAGACCCGAAGGGAAUCAAUCAUUCGUCUUUGACAACGGCGAUGUGUAUGAAGGUAAUUGGAAGGGUUGUCGCAUGCAUGGAACAGGUUAUAUGAAGCGAGUGGAAGCGAAUGAUCUUUACGAAGGUGAAUGGUUUCUUGGUUUGCGUAGCGGUACAGGGGCUUGCCACAGCCCUGAUUUUGGUACUUUUUACAGUGGGAAAUGGCAGGAUGGAAAAUGGCAUGGUCGUGGAGAAUUAGUAGAACCAGAAGGCAUGUACGUUGGAGAAUUUGUUGAUGGUCGCUUGGAAGGCUAUGGUGAGUAUGUUUACAAUGAUGGUCAUGUAUACAAGGGUGAAUGGAUGAAUAGUUUAUAUGAGGGUCAAGGAACAUAUCUUCUUCCAACUGGAGCUAAAUAUGAGGGUCAUUGGAGUGCCGGUACUGAACAAGGACGAGGAACUCUAACAUACUCUAACGGCGAUACAUACGUAGGUGAGUGGCAACACGGACUUCGUCAUGGUGUGGGAACAUACUCAAGUGUCUUACUUCAGUACGAUGGAGAUUGGCGGCAUGAUACAGUGCACGGUAAAGGAAAGUGCCGGUAUGCGGAUGGCUCCAUGUACGAGGGGGAGUGGUUUAAUGGUAUGUUUCAUGGUCAAGGGAAAUUUACCAGCCAGGCGCAGAAGCAGAGUUACGAGGGUAGUUUUAACUGUGGUAAACGACAAGGAUGGGGUGUGUAUCGUUCUGAAGAGGUAGAGUACCAUGGUGAAUGGCGUGAUGAUAAAAAACACGGCAGGGGAGAAAUCAGAAUUCAGGGUGGAGGAACAUUUCAAGGAAUGUGGGAUAAUGAUUUACCUCAUGGUGAUGGUAUCUACACCGCUGAUGGUGAAUCCAAACAUAUUGUCUAUGAGCAUGGAAGGUGUAUCAGCGUUACCAGACAAGAAGAGUAUCAAAAGGUGAACUUGCGGCUUUUGUUAGGGCAAGAUAAACCUGGAACAUGUACAAAAAAAUAG